AUGUCAGAUGCACUCCCAUCACCUCUGCCGGAGCCAGCGGUAACCCACGCCGCCUCCGUCUUCACCCCGAUAAACAUCAUCCUCUUCUCUCUCCUCGGUCUGCUCGUCUAUCUCCGCCUCAAGCCAGCCGCCCCGCAAACCCUCCCGCGGGCGCCGCCGCCAACCGUCUUCCGCACCUUCACCCCGCCCUCGCUCUUCCCCUACAAUGGCUUGAAUAAUAUGCCCGUCUACCUCGCUGUCCGUGGCCGUGUCUUUGACGUCACAUCCGGUCGCAACUUCUACGGACCUGGUGGCCCUUAUGCAAACUUCGCUGGCCGCGAUGCCUCAAGGGGCCUGGCCUGUGGCAGCUUUGACGAGGACAUGUUGACCAAGGAUUUGGACGGACCGCUGGACACUCUCGAGGGUCUGGAUGCCGAGCAGAUGGAUGCGCUGAGGGGAUGGGAGGAGAGAUUCGAGGAAAAGUACUUAGUUGUGGGCAAGCUGGUGCCUGUCGGUCAUCCUGAGGCCGAAGACACCAAAGCGUAG